UGUUCCUGGGUGCGGGCAGCGCUGGCGUGGGUGUCGCCAAGCAGAUUGUCGAGUUCUUCAAGCGCGAGGGGUUGACCGAGGAUGAAGCGCGAUCGUGCUUCUACCUGGUCGACACCAAGGGACUGGUGACGGCGGACCGGGGAGACAAGCUGGCCAGCCACAAGACGUACUUUGCGCGGACGGACAACAACGGCCAGCAAUUCAAAACGCUGGAAGAGGUGGUUGACUACGUCAAGCCGACGAUGCUGAUCGGGCUGUCGACUCUGGGCGGCGUGUUCACGCCGGAGAUCAUCAAGAAGAUGGCGGAGUGGAACCAGGCGCCGAUCAUCUUCCCGCUGUCGAACCCGUCAGCCAACUCGGAGUGCGAUCUGGAGACGGCGGUGACGCACACGGACGGGCGGGUGCUGUUUGCGUCGGGCUCGCCCUUCUCGCCGGUGACGUUCACGAAUUCGGCCGGAGAGACCAAGGUGUACCACGGCGGGCAGGGGAACAACAUGUACGUGUUUCCGGGGAUCGGGCUGGGGACGAUCCUGGCCAAGGCGGUAGAGGUGACGGACAGCAUGAUCUACGCGUCGGCGGAGGCGCUGUCCAAGACGCUGACGCCGGAUGAGGUCGAGCAGGGCCUGCUGUACCCGGACGUGUCGCGGAUCCGCGAGGUGAGCGUGGUGGUGGCGCGGCACGUCAUCCGGGCGGCGCAGGAGGCCAAGGUGGACCGCGAGACGAGCAUCAGCGGGCUGAGCGAUGCGGAUCUGGACGCGUGGAUCAAGGCGCGCAUGUACAAUCCCCACGGGGAGGUGGCCGCGCUGGAGCGCGAGGUGGGGGCGCUGCUGUCGUCGAUCGGCCGGCCCAACAGGCUGGUGAAUGGAGACGACAAGCACGCCAAGCUGUAG